UUCAAAAAUUACAAACCAAAAGUGUCAAAAAGAUUGCUCUCAAACAUGAACGAUAAAAGCAGACGCCCCUUGCAAAUUCCCUCAUGGCAUAUACCAUACAUGGAGAAACAUCGAAUAUACGAGUUAUUUCACGAAUUAGCUAGGGAGCUCGCAGUCCAGCAACCGGAAGAUCAUGUGUCAUUCAUGAAGCAGAUACUGUAUAACACCUACCAGAAUAGAGAUAACACCCGAGUAGUAAUGAUUUGCCCACCCAGAACGAACUGCGAUAAAGUAGCUUUUCGUAUCUCAACCACCACCAAUCAGGUGGUUAUAACCAAGGAGAAGUUGGAAAAAUACUGCAAUACUGCGAAAGGUACUUUGAAACCAUCACAAGUGGCCAGAGUGAUCGCUAAGUUAGUGCGGAAAGAUGACGCUUACAAGAAUGGUUGGAUAUUGGUGAAUUGCCUCAAGAAUGAAGCGGAGGCCAAGGCUUUGAUCAAAGCUGGGAUUCUUCCCACUCAUUGCUUGUUCCUGGUGAGUCCUUUCUAUCCACCAAUAGACGAACUGAAGUACUGCGAUGUCCCAGAAGGUUGGCCCGAAGAUAGACGCCAGCUGAUAGCUUUGAAGAACGUUUUCAAGGAUAUCCUGCACGAGGUACACCUGAAGCAGAUGACACCAGACGAUGUUGCUAAGACUUGUAUCGAUCUGAUGAAGAUUCGUAAAGGGAAGAUAUCCGUUAUUCCUAGAGUAGUUCUUAUUGGGCCUCGUGGAUCAGGACGUAGAACCCAAGCAAGACUUUUAGCCAAGGCUCUGAAUAUUGUCCACAUCGAUUUUGAAUACUUGCUGUGUCAAUCGUGGUCUGCCGAGUCAGACAUAAGUUCCAAGCUGAGAGCAUGCAAGGAGCGGGUGUGUUUUCACUCAGAUCUACUGGUGCAACUAUUGAACAAACGCAUCCUCGAAGAAGACUGUCUGAAGAACGGCUGGGUCCUCACCAACUUUCCAUUCUUCAAGGCCGAUCUAAUGUAUCUGGACUGCGUGGACACGCCACCAAAUCGAAUAAUAUUUCUGGAGUGUGAUCUCAAAGUGUGUCGGGAAAGGGUUACGCUGAAUCGAAUCAAUAUAGACACUGGCUCUGGGGUGAACUUACAAGAUAAGGAACGCGCCAAGGGUAAGAAAUUGGAAUUACACCCUAAGGAUAGGGUUAACAUAGUGAAUUCCGAACAUACGUUUUACUGCGAACAGUAUCCACUUCUCAGAGAUUACUGUGGUGGGACGGCUUCGGUCGUGAAUGCCGAUCAACAGCAACGAUGGGUAAAUGAGUGCAUUAUUGGGAUUAUUGUGAGGGAAUCUCCUCCAUGUCCUCCCCGGAAACCGUUCGAAGAUGAGCCAAUGCCUGAGAGGCCUUCUAAGGUGGAGGAUAUGUUUGCGCUGUGUAAAUGUGGACCGUUCCCACCUCAGAUGAAGGAUAUGUUUAUCACAACAUUGUAAAUUUUAAGUCGGUGG